AUGAAAAAUCGCACAAUUCAAUGCAAAUGUUUUCCACCUGAGGAUUGUAGGAACAGAUCAUCGAAUUGCGCAUCAUUGAUCGGUUGCUUUUACUCGGUCCAUACAAAUGCUCUAGGAUACAUAAUCUACGAACGUUACGGUUGUCUCCUAAACGACACACUUUCCAUCUUCUCCUGCUACAAUUAUCCAAGUACUAGUGUAAUCUGCUGCUUUUCAUCAAACUCUUCGGACUAUUGUAAUGCACGUCUCCCUACUGCCAAGCUCCAGAACAGCAGUAUCCUGUAUUUCCUGUUUUUUACCAUACUAUGGAUUUUGCUCUUUAUACUAGCCUUUGCAUACUUCAAAUCAAACUUCAAUAGGCAUAAGAAGUGCUUUUCAAGUCAUUCCCAAACAAUUUUCCCCGAAAUCACUGAUAGUGGUAGUGGGUCAGGAAAGCCUUUCUUAGUUAAUCGAACCAUUGCUCGUCAGACUACUCUCCUUUUAUGCAUUGGAAGGGGUCGAUUCGGCGAAGUAUGGCGAGCAGUAUGCAAUGACGAGACUAUUGCCGUAAAAAUUUUUUCCAGUCGUGAUGGUGCUAGUUGGACCCGCGAAACUCAAAUAUACACGACUGCUCAUCUAUCUCACCCGAACAUCCUUGCUUACUAUGCUAGCGAUAUGAUUUCACAUGGCGGGUGUACUCAACUCUGGCUUGUUACCGCCUACCACGCUAACGGGUCGCUGCAUGAUUUCCUUUCAACAGCAAACGUUGUGACACCACAGUGCGGACUCAAAUUAGCCCGAUCGAUCGCCGCUGGUCUAGCCUUUCUUCACAGCGAAGUGGUUGGAUUCCAUGGCAAACCGUCGAUUGCGCAUAGGGACAUCAAAUCUAAGAAUAUUCUUGUUAUGGCUAACAAUGAGGCCUGUUUGGCAGAUUUUGGUCUUGCUUUGAUGAAAAGUCCCAAAGGAGUGGGUGGAGGGCGAGUUAACGAUGAGGCGAGAGAGAGUGCUGAUGCUCCACCUCCCGCUAGCCCCUUCGCAGGAACAAAGCGGUACAUGGCUCCUGAGAUAUUAGCUCUCUAUCCCUUAGUGUGGGGUGGUUGGAUGCGUGAGCGCCCGCAAGAAAGGCAGGAGUACGAAAAUCAGUCUGCGGAGUGUGAUGAAGACAAGCUGUCAAUUCCAGGCGAAUUGCUGGAGUGCCGACAUCCGUUACUGCCUUUUGAGAUCUAUCUGUCUGCAGAUAUCUAUUCACUAGGUCUCGUUUUAUGGGAGAUUUGGAGACGUUGCAUGGAUAAACAAUAUGAGCUUCCUUACUAUGACUCCGUACCACCGGAUCCAAACUUCUUGCAAAUGUAUAGAGUGGUUGUAUUGGGAGAAUCCUACGACUCUCCUUGCGACACUCUGGUAAAUCUACCCCUGCCAAUGCAGGUAUGUCACCUGUGCAGACACAUCCUGGUGGGUAGAGUUGGUGCAGCGCUGGAAAACCGUCAUCAUCGUCGACAUGUUAAUGGCAAACGACCGUCCCUCUCACUGGAGGAAAACGAUAGCAGUGACAGGGUUUGGCUGAUACGAUGGGCGGGUGUCAUUGCAGAAUGCUGGCAUCCUUGUUACACACACCGCCUCUCAGCCUUGCGUGUGCGCAAAACCCUCACGGCCAUCGAGGCGAUCUUGAGCUGA